GGGAGGGGCCGCUUACCUCCGGCGAAUCGAAGUCCGGGCUAAUGGCCCUGAGCCAGCGCACGAGCUCGCGAAGCCUGUUUGCCCCGUCGCCGCAGAAAGGGGGAACCACAGCCGCGGCACUACCUCCGAAGCCCAGUCCGAAGAUCUACCGCUCCAGCAGCGGUUCGUUGGUGCGGCCCGCGAAGGAUCCCGUCAACGACGGCGACUUUCCCAACGUCCCCAGCGAGUACCUACCAGUGGCCUUUUUUCCCUACAACUUCCACGCCGGGAACUACUGGGACCGGGCGAAUCCGCUGGAGAAAUCGCCGCAGGACGCCACCAUCUGCGAAAUGCUGGAUGCAGGGCUGACGCCGCUUCCUACGUGGGUCUUUUCCCCGAAGUUUCCGCUUGAAUUGCUCAAACAGUGGACGAAGCGGCAACUGCAGAACUUUGAGUCCUGCCGGCGGAAGUGCGAGCAGAUCCGCAUCAAGAACCCGGGCCAGGGCGUGCAGUGGACGGCCGCCGCGGUGUGGGCCCACGUGGAGUGCAUACUAGCUGCGUACGCCGAGACGCAGCACCUGAAGGACCGCAACAAGUUGCCGAUCAUCUACAUCCACAACCACGAUUUCAACGGGUUCAGCGCCCACGUGGGCUAUGAACUGCUGAAGUUGGCGCAGAGCAAAAAGUACCGCUACCUCGUCGUCGACUGCGGGUACCGGAAGAACGGCACCCACAACGACAACACUGUGGUCUGCGCGGCUUUGAGCUUGACGGAAGAGCAGAAGCAGGCUCUGCAACAGUACAACGAGAAUCAGCAGCUGAUCGAGAAGGUGCUAACGCGGUUCGACAGUCGGGAGUCGCAAAUGACACCGUGGGACAGCGAGUGGGCGGGCGGCACGGAGGGCAGCGAUCUGCGGAUCGCGAAGGAGUACGGGCUGAGCCCCUUGCAGAUCGAGAACGCCAAGAACGUGGCCUCCGACGUGUUCCCCCUGGAGCGCGCCGUCACGCCGUUUACCACACAGAAAAAAGCAGGCAGGUCAUAUAAUCUGUAAUGCGAAAAUAGAUACACAAAAAAAUCUGUAAUGCUUAUCCUAAACAGCAUGCUAUGGGGCCGCCCAUGACAGUUUUUUUUGUGUGUUUGUUUUUGCAUCACAAGUAAUACGCCCCGCCUGAUUUUUUCUGUGGGAUACCGUUCUCGGAGUACAAGCUGCGGCUGGGCAUCGCCAUCAUGUAUCAAAUGCAAAAAUGUCUGGGUCUGGAGCAAAGCAACUUGUCAUGCUAUAUCUGAAUCAUGUAAAAAUCUGUGUUGCAUGAUUACCAAAAGCUGUCCGCUUUUGACCUAAUCGAGAGGCAGUUUGUAAUGCAGGAUAGGCAUGAUAGAACUCUCACAGAAUCUGCCAUGCUAUGUCCUCCAUAUCAGAUCCCAUGGGUCAUGGAAAACCUGCAUGACAAGUCUAGCAUUCUUCCAGACCCAGACAUUUUUACAAUCCGUAUCAUGAUCGAGGAAGCCAUUUUCCCCAAGGACACACAGUCCGUGUACAGCUUCUUGAAGACCGGCGGCAAGCUGAAGGUCGGGGGGGACGUCCUUGUGGGGCUGCACAAGUGGGAAACGCUGGUGGACAAGCCGCCGGCGGUGGAUUUGCUGCUGCACAACAUGCGGUCGGAGCUCGACACCGCGCUCAAUCCGGGGAGCAAUGCCGGGUUUCGCCCGCAUUUUGAUGCAUUCGGCGCCGAGCAGUACUACACCGAGCUUGGGUACGGCAAGAAAGGGAAGGAUCUGUACGCGGGAAAGGUCAAGGACCUGUCCUGCAUGCUGCUGUGUCCCUGGGUGCUGCAGUCCACGCCCCGGGCCCUGCCGUCCAUGACAAAAAUUGACCUAUUACUGGACCACGGCCGCGUGGCGCAGGUACUUAGAAGGAUUUGAUGUUCUUUUCGGGUCUACUUACUUAUCAGUUACGCGGGAUAUGCAUUUGCGGGGUUCUUCUUGAAGAAGUAGAUUCGCUGCACUAUGGUCUUUUACCAGGAGAUACUAGAUCGAUGGUGCACAACGAACGCGGUCUGGUACUGGAGCCUCUUGUUUUCUUCAUCACACAUAACAAUUCAGUAAAUCAUUCUAAUUUUUUCAUAUAUGUUUUUACCGCGAUAUACUUCAUCUUUACAGGCUCUCUUCCGCGGAUUCGGGCGGCGGCAGAAUCACGGCGAGAUUCUGUUGGUGUUCAGUGCGAACGGGGAGCGUAUGAACUGCAGAAGUGUCCGGGUCUGGAAGAAUGCUAGACUUGCCAUGCAGGUUUUCCAUGACCCAUGAGGUCUGGUAUGUAGGACAUAGCAUGACAGAUGCUGUGAGAGUUCUAUCAUGCCUAUUCUGCAUGAGAAACUGCCUCUCGAUUAGGUCAAAAGUGGACCGCUUUUGGUAAUGAUGCAGCACAGAUUUUUACAUGAUUCAGAUUUAGCAUGACAAGUUGCUUUGUUCCAGACCCAGACAUUUUUGCAUUUGAUAGAGCGCGUUGUGGUGUCCAAGCCGGACCCGGAUGCUGUCAAGUUCCUAGUAUCAAAUGUAAAAAUGUCUGGGUCUGGAAGAAUCCAACUUGUGAUGCUGCAUUUGGAUUCCAAAAAAAUCUGUAUUGCAUGAGUACCAAAGGGAAUGCAAUUUUUGCUACGCUGAGAAGGCAUUUGUCAUGCGCAAUAGGCAUCAAGCAGCCUUCAAAAAAUCUGUAUUGCUAGAGUAUGUAUCACAGACAUCAUGGCUCAUGCAAAACGUGCAUGACAAAUCUCGCAUUCUUCCAGACCCAGACAUUUUUACAUUUGAUACCUAGGCGGUGCGGACGAUGCAAACCGCAUGGCCGGGGACAACGAGUUCGGCAUUCCGGUGCCCGGCGAGAUCCUGAGCAUCGAUGUCGCGGUCGGGCAGAAACUGGAGCAGGAACAGCCCUUCUUCACCGUCGAGAGCAUGAAGAUGGAGACGCGCAUAUGCUGACCAAAAACGGGGCCCAUACCCCAGAAUUGUCAUGCAGUUUUGCAUUUACAUACGGGAAGAUUUGUAAUGCGUAUCUCUAUAAUGUUGAGAGCGGCAUUUGUAAUGCUGUAUUAGCAGGGCAAGCAUGUGUUUUAUUUUCCUGAUGCGGCUGUCCUUGAUGAAGAUGAACUGCACUGCAGCAGGGGCGAGAGGGACUUGUCAUGCGUGUUGACAACUCUGAAAGCUUCUGGCUUUUUUGUGUUGCGAAAUCCCCAUCUUGACCAUAGGGUCGUGUGGCGUCCGUUUUUACUCAGGAUCGCGCAUCAGCGUACCUGCCGAAUUGCACGGGAAGGUGGUUGACACGGUCAUCGCAAAGCCAAAAACGGUGCUGAAGCGCGGUCAGCCGGUUAUCAGCUACAAGUAGUGGUAGAGACUGUAACGAAUUUUAAUUUCGUUCGUGCGGGUGGUCGAGGAUUUAUUUCUACUCCGCCGCGCAUGUACUACCGCCGGGGCUGCACUUGAGCUGCGAUUAUGUCGUCGGCAGAAUGAUCUUCUAGAAGGGUAAGUAGAUCUUCAACUGCAACAGGUGUGUUGCAAUGAGGUUGUUUCAAACGGGCACCUUACUGUGCUAGAUCAACUCCUAGUGCUAUUCUGAAGCUGUAAGAAGAAGAACAGCGCCGGAUGAACAAAGGGACAUGAGCACCAUUCUUUCCGCACUCAUUUUUUGCAUGAGUGUGUCUCAUGUCGACGCGCGAAGGGUGAAAAGGGACAACGCGAGUAGCAAGUCACAAGAUUGGUUGCCUCUGAUCUACCUGGUGCAAAACCAGCGGGGUAGGUUUACUCAACUACGGAGUUAGCAUGCGAAGCAGCAUGCGAGGCUGCGCGCUUUGUUUUGCGCACUAUAUUCUAACUCUUCUUCCUUUCCAUGAUACUUAAAGUUUUCAGGUGCCCGAUGGGCCUCUCGAACUGGUCUUUAUGCUUAUUACUUUGAUUUUUUUGAAAAUGAUGAAAUAGUGCGCUCAAGGAAGUAGAGCGUAGCGCGGCCGUUUCAUCAAGGAACCUCACUAGACGUAGAAAUAAACUAUCAGACUUUCUUGAACAGCCCGGCAGCUUCGCUUGACGCGCCUUGCUGGCAGUUUUUGUAUGAUGAACUGACUCUCAAGAAGCACGCCAAUCUAUCGAAGAAGCGAAAGCAGAACGCGGCUCUUCUGUGUCGAGGACUGGUUCUUGUGCACCACGUUGUGCGUUGUUCUACCUCCGAGACAGAUCGAAUUAUUGAGAAAAAGGAUAGAAGGUGAAGGUCCAUGGCGAU